AAACGCCUUAGCGGCUUGGUGCGACGGUGCAAGUCCCGUGUUUUUUCAGAGAUAGAGUCUUUCCCUUGUUGUACGUUCUAUUCACGUAUUUUUAGAGAAGCUCUGGAUUCAUUCUUAUAAUCCAAAAACAUCCCAAUCCAUUCCUUUCUCUUCUUCGUAUCAAUAGACGAAUCUUUGAGUAGCCGAACUCUUUCGUAUACAAGUACAGUAGUCGCAAUGGGUUGAGAGCUUGCGAUUGCAAAUAUCCAUUUUAAAUUUGCAAUAGUGGAUAUUUGUUUGAGUUUGAAGAAAUCAAAUUAGGAGCAACAAGAAACAGGUUAUUGUGCAGGAAAUAAUUGAAAAAGAAACAGAAAACCAAACACACAUUACUUUAUCAGGGUGGAGGAAAAAUGUCGUUUGAUCUUAUGUUGAAGCCAUCAUGUAGUGGAUGUGGAUCUACCACAGACUUAUAUGGAAGCAACUGCAAGCACAUGACUCUAUGCUUGACUUGUGGGAAAACCAUGGCUGAGAGUCUCGGAAAAUGUUAUGAUUGUGGUGCUACAGUAACUCGCUUGAUUCGGGAAUACAAUGUUCGAGUGAGUCCUGACAACGACAAGAACUACUUUAUUGGUAGAUUUGUGACAGGGCUACCAAGUUUUUCAAAGAAGAAAAAUGCUGAGAAUAAAUGGUCACUGCAUAAGGAAGGACUUCAAGGACGUCAACUAACUGAUGUGUUGCGGGGGAAAUACAAGAAUAAACCUUGGUUAUUGGAGGAUGAAACAGGCCAGUUUCAGUACCAAGGUCAUCUUGAAGGUUCACAAUCAGCAACUUACUACUUAUUGAUAUUGCAGGGGAAAGAGUUUGUUGCUAUUCCUGCCGGUUCUUGGUAUAACUUUAACAAGGUUGCUCAAUAUAAGCAACUUACUUUGGAGGAAGCAGAAGAGAAGAUGAAGAACAGGAGAAAAACUGCCGAUGGUUAUCAAAGAUGGAUGAUGAAAGCUGCAAAUAAUGGAGCUGCAGCAUUUGGUGAAGUGGAAAAGUUUGAUGAUAAAGAAAGUGGAACAUCUGGUGGAAGAGGACGUAAAAAAACAGGUGGUGAUGAUGAAGAAGGCAAUGUGUCUGAAAGGGGAGAAGAAGAUGAAGAGGAGGAGGCAGCAAGGAAAAAUAGACUUGGACUCAACAAACAUAGUGGUGACGACGAUGAGGAAGGUCCAAGGGGAGGAGAUCAUGAUAUUGAUGAUGAUGAUACUGAGAAAGGUGAUGAUUGGGAGCAUGAAGAAAUUUUCACUGAUGAUGAUGAAGCAGUUGGUAAUGAUCCCGAGGAACGGGAAGACUUGGCCCCUCAGGUUCCUGCUCCUCCAGAAAUCAAGCAGGAUGAAGAUGAUGAAGAUGAAGAGAAUGAGGAAGGUGGAUUAAGCAAGUCUGGGAAGGAGUUGAAGAAGCUACUUGGGAGAGCUGGUGGAUUGAAUGAUUCAGAUGCAGAAGAUGAUGAUGAUGAUGAGGAUAUGGAUGAAGAUGUUGGUGUUUCUUCUGUAUUAGCUCCAAAGAAGGAUGCACCAAAGGAGGAACCUGCUGACAACAGUCCUACAAAACCAAUACCUUCUGGUUCUGCUAAAGGGACCCCAUCUACUUCCAAAUCAGCAAAGGGAAAAAGAAAAUUAAAUGGUGAUGAUUCAAAAGCAUCUACUGGUGGGCCUCAAAAGAAGGUGAAGGCAGAAAGUGAAUUAAAACCUACUGUGAAAGAAGAAAGUAUGCCUGCUACCAAAAGUAGUGCAACUCCCAAAGGUGCACCAUCAUCACUGAAAACAGGAUCAACAUCACCUGUCACUGAAGAAGAGAUCAGGGCUGUUUUGUUGCAAAAUGGGCGCGUGACUACACAGGAUCUUGUUGCUAGGUUCAGAUCGCGACUGAAAGGUUCUGAGGAUAAGAAGGCUUUUGCAGAAAUCCUGAGGAGAAUUUCUAAGAUUCAGAAGACUGGUGGAUCUAGCUAUGUUGUUAUCAAGAGAUAGAUGAUCCUUUUUCUGUCUUAUCUUACGGAGCUGCAAAUGAGUUUCUAAGAUUUGGAAGACUGGCGGAUCUAGCUACUUGUCAUUAAGAUAUAGAUUGCCCUUUUUCUUUUGCCAUUUGAGAUAAUCUUACGGAACAGCAAAUGCACCUAUCCGUGCCCCAAACCCAAAAACACACUGAUCUCUGAGCAUCGAUGGCUUGAUGUUUGGAAUAAGCUCCUUAGCUUUUCGGUAUACCAGGGGAAAUUCUUAAUUAGAUUUAGUCUAUCAUAUACCCAAAUGAGAUCUACAAGUAAAAUGGGUGGAACUCCAAUGUUUUUGUAUUGGGUCCAUAAUAGACUAUCUAGGUAAGUUUUCCCCACAACACAAGGAGAUAUGUUCAUGUAAACUUUCUUAGCUAUAAUUAAGAGGUCUUUGCGGUUCA